AUGCCGUGUUGCCACCCUGAACCGGUCAGCACCACUCCUGGAGGGGCUCUCCUGCAGCAGCUCCUGCCCACAUUAAUGAUUACCAGUAAAGGGGGGAGGGGGGGCUUUGGGAAGGGGCUCCAGGCCACAACGGCUCCUCUCUCCUUCCUCCUAGGGAACCGGGUGGUUGAGAUGGGUGCCCACUGGAUCCACGGGCCCUCCCAGGAGAACCCCAUCUUCCGCUUGGCGGGGGAGUACGGGCUGCUGGAGGAGAGCGCCAUGACCGAGGAGAGCCAGCAGGUGGAGAUCGGGGGGCACCUGGUGCUGCCGUCGGUCUGCUACUCCAGCCGGGGCCGGGUGGUCAGCCCGGACCUCCUGAACUCCACGGAAGCCCUCUUCUUCAGCCUCUUGGAAGAGGCGCGUGGAUUCCUGCGUGCGGCAGAGGUGCCGGUGCCCAGCGUGGGCGAGUACCUCAAGGAGGCGAUCGCUCGGCAGGCGAAGGACUGGCCGGAGGACGAGCAGGCGACUCGCCUGAAGCUAGCCGUCCUCCGCAUGUACCUGAAGCUGGAGUGCUGUGUGAGUGGGACGCAUAGCAUGGACUUGGUGGCGCUGGGCCCUUAUGGGGAGUACGUCACGCUCCCCGGCCUGGACUGCACCUUCCCCAAUGGCUACGCCGGCCUCACAGACCGCAUAAAGGCCUCUCUGCCCGAAGACGCCGUGCUGUUCAAUAAGGUGGUGACCAAGAUUCGUUGGGGGGGCUCCUACGUGGAGGCCGUCACGGGCCGGCGCUUCCCAGUGCAAGUGGAGUGUGAAGACCACGAGACAUUCUUGGCAGAUCACGUCAUCGUCACUGUCCCUUUAGGUUUCCUCAAAGAGCAACAGGAGACCCUUUUCCACCCUCCGCUUCCCCCUCGGAAGGUGGCAGCAAUUCAGCGCUUGGGCUUUGGGACCAACAACAAAGUCUUCCUGGAAUUCGAGCAGCCGUUCUGGGAGCCGGACUGCCAAGCUGUCGAGGUGGUGUGGGAGGAGGAGUCGCCUCUGGCCGAGACCCCCGCUGACUUGCCGGCGGCCUGGUUCCGAAAGAUCGGGGCCUUCGUCGUUCUCCACCCACCAGAGAGGUACGGGCAUGUCCUCUGUGCCUUCAUUGCUGGGGAAGAAGCCGAAUUCAUGGAAACCCUCACAGACGCAGAGGUCCUUGGAGACCUGACACAAAUGCUUCGCCGAGUGACAGGAGACCCACGCCUGGCCCCUCCGAAGAACAUCCUGAGGUCCAGGUGGCGCAGGGAACCCUACACCAGAGGCUCCUACAGCUACGUGGCCGUGGGCAGCUCCGGAGAUGACAUCGAUGCCCUCGCCCUGCCACUGCCCGAGGAAGCGUUGGAUCCCAAGGCGCUGCAGGUUCUUUUUGCGGGAGAAGCCACGCACCGGACUUUCUAUUCGACUACACAUGGCGCCUUAUUGUCCGGCUGGAGAGAAGCAGACCGUCUCAUCCGUCUCUAUGACGGCUCUGAAUCCCAGCGGUGUGCUCCUAAAUUGUGAGCCUGUGGCCGGCCGGCAGGAGAACCACUCCUCUUCCCACAAUCGUCAAGAGAGGUGGCACGGGAAGAGGUGGCACGGGAAGAGGUGGCACGGGAAGAGGUGGCACGGGAGCGGGCCCUGCUCUCUGCAGCCUUUUGACCCGUCUGCUGGGCAGAUGCUGUCUGUCUUCGGGAGCCCAUGGCCAGGUGUACCAAUGCCAAAGGGCUCCUGACGCUUUUUCUGUGCGCAACAGAUAAGCCUUCAGAAUAAAUAGUAACUCUCUGGCAAGGCAGUCCUUCUUUGCAGUUUAUCCUAUGGGGUGUGUUAUUUUCUGCACUGAAGGACUCAACACCGAUCAGUUAGAACUGGGAUAAUGUUUAGAUCCAAAUGCUCAUGUUCAAGG